AUGUCACCAUAUCGAUUGGUGUAUGGGAAGUCUUGCCAUCUACCGGGAGAGCUAGAGCAUAAGGCUUGGUGGGCUGUAAAGAAGUGUAACAUGGAUAUGGUUUAUGUAGGACAACAACGAAUGCUUCAAUUGCAUGAGCUAGAAGAAAUACGCAAUGAAGCAUAUGAAAGCUCAAUAAUCUACAAGGAGAAAACCAAAGCUUUUCAUGACAAACAUAUUAUUCGAAAGAGUUUUGUGGAAGGUCAGAAAGUUCUCAUGUAUCACUCUCGCCUUAAACAUUUUCCUGGGAAGUUGAAGUCUCGCUGGUUAGGUCCGUUCACUGUCACCAAGGUUUUUCCUCAUGGAGAAGUCGAAGUUGUAAGUCCAAGUACAGGAAAGUCCUUCAAGGUGAAUGGUCAGAGAUUAAAGCCAUAUUACGAAUCAAUGGAGAAAGAACAAGCUGCUGUGAUUCACCUCAUUGACCCGGUAUAUGUUGAUGAACGAGCUAGCGACGAUAAACUUAGCUACUUUGUAAAUUAG